AUGGCAGAUGGAGACACUUAUUGUUAUGUGAAGUCAAGUGGUGCAUGCUACCCUAAAGGGGGUGCGAGAGAAAUCCCAUACCACAUCAUUCGAGUCAUCGAAAAUGGUGGAAAAGUACUGGUCAAAGCCCCAGUCUCUCAGAUUUUGGUUAAUAACAAUGGUGCUGCUUAUGGUGUGACUGUGCAGAGGGGUAGUGAGCAGAUUAACAUUAAAGCUCCUGUAGUCAUUUCAAGUGUUGGUGUAUUCACCACUUUUCAGGAGCUUCUGCCUUAUGAGAUCCAAGUCAAGUCAGAGGUGAAAGAACGCCUGAGUCCCUUCAAAAUUGGUAAAAUAUCCUUCCAGGUGUUUGCAGGCUUCAAUGCUGCCCAGGAAGAGUUGGGCAUUACAUCAACAAACACGUUGCUCUUCAAGAGCAAUGAUCUCGAUGACCUGUUGGAGGAGUACUUCAGUUUGAAUAAAGAUAAAGCGCCUGUGAAUGUUCCUAUGAUGUUUGUCUCCUUUCCUUCUGCUAAAGACCCCACCUCAAAGGACCGCUUUCCAGGCAAAUCAUGUAUGGAGAUUCAUACCAUUGUGAGAUAUGAGUGGUUUGCACAAUGGAAGGAGCUGCCUGUGGAGACCCUAGCUGAUCAUGAGAAUUACAAGAUGAGAUUUGCCAAUUAUCUUUUUGACUGGGCCUGUAGCUACUUCCCCAAGCUGAGAGCGAAGUUGGCAGUGCUACAUGCUGUCAGUCUAGUCAAUAUGCAUGGGCUGGGAGCCAAAGAUGGAUCCAUGAUGUCUGCUGAGCACAACCUGGAGCGAUACCACCCUUUGAACAUGGCCAAAAGCAGGUGCUCUAUACCCGUAAAGAAUCUAUACCUGUCAGGUCAGGACGUGUUCAGCGCUGGUUAUUCUGGAGUGUUGCAUGGUGGACUCAUUUGUGCCUCUACUGUUCUGGGACAUGUGGUCUACAUUGACCUUUUCCUCCUGGCUUGA